UGGUAGUAUUUUUCAACUAUAAAACGAGAUAUGCCUCUGCUCAACAUUUCCGUCCAUCCACUUUGUAACUUGUAAUAACUCAAUAACAUAACAAAACUCGAGGCCUACGCCGUCGCCACUGUCGGAAACUACUCUCCGGCUCCAAUGGGCCUUCAAAAGCUUCACGUCGCUUACCAAGGGGUUCCCGGCGCUUACUCCGAAGCCGCCGCCGGCAAAGCCUGCCCUAACUCCCUAACAAUCCCCUGCCAUCAAUUCGAAACUGCUUUUCAAUCGGUUGAGAAUCGCAUCGCCGAUCUCGCCGUUCUCCCAAUCGAAAACUCCCUCGGCGGUUCUAUUCAUCGUAACUACGAUCUUCUCCUCCGCCAUAGCCUCCACAUAAUCGGCGAAGUUCAAUUACCGGUUCACCAUUGCCUCUUAGCCUUACCAGGAGUCCCAUCGGAAUCCAUCCGAAGAAUUAUUUCCCAUCCUCAAGCCCUAUCGCAAUGCGAACAAACUCUCACCAAACUCGGCCUCAACGCCGCGCGUGAAGCCUUCGACGACACGGCCGGCGCCGCCGAACACAUAGCCCUCAACAAUCUCCGCGAUACAGCCGCAAUCGCUAGCGCACGCGCCGCCGAGCUGUACGGGCUCGAAAUCCUCGCGAACGGAAUCCAAGACGAUUCGAGAAACGUGACGCGAUUCGUUGUCCUAGCACGAGAUCCGGUGAUUCCGGAACCGGAUUUGCCGUUAAAGACGAGCGUAGUGUUUGCAUUGGAGAAAGGAACGCCGGCUCUAUUCAAGGUGCUGGCGGCGUUUGCGAUGAGGAACAUUAGCUUGACGAAGAUCGAAUCGAGGCCGCACCGGAGCUGUCCGAUGAGAGUGGCGGAGACGGUGAAGAGGUUUGAGUAUGUGUUUUAUGCGGACUUUGAGGCGUCAAUGGAGGAAGGGAAAGGUGAAGAAGCUAUGGCGGAGUUGAAGGAAUAUGCUUCGUUCUUCAGGGUGUUGGGUUGCUAUCCAAUGGAGGUAGCCAUGGCCACCAAAAAUGAUUGAAAUCGAAGUGUAAGAUUAUUUUGUUGUUCAUCGCAUAAUCAAUCCAUUGCUGAUUAUUUUGAUGUUGUUUGUAAGGAAUGACUAUGAUUUCAUUUGAUAUGAUACAAUGGUCAAAUGUAAAACCCAAAAGCUACAUUUCUUUUCAACACCACUUUUAUUGUUUUAACAUAUGAUUACAAAA